AACUACCGUAGAUCGGACAGUCAGCGCCACCGUCCUUCCGCCACCUUCUUGCAUCCGUUCAUCAACAAAAUUAAUCCCCUCAUCCACACGUAGACCGAGGGAGGGACCGGUCAAUCCAUGGAUCAGGGCUCGAUGGAGGCCACCAACGGCCAUCUCAUCCCGCCGGAGAAGGUCAUCAUCGACACGGAUCCCGGCAUCGACGACAGCGUGGCGAUUAUGAUGGCGUUCGAAGCUCCCGGCGUCCACGUCGUCGGCCUCACCACCAUCUUCGGCAACUGUACCACCUCCUACGCCACUCGCAACGCCCUCAUACUGUGCGAGAGAGCAGGCCGUUCUGACGUGCCGGUAGCAGAGGGCAGCGCUGAGCCUCUCAAGGGAGGGAAGCCACACGUCGCUGACUUCGUUCAUGGAUCGGAUGGCCUUGGUAACACAUCCCUUCCUGACCCUAUCACCAAUAAAGUUGAGCAAUCGGCUGCAGAGUUUCUGGUUAAUAAGGUAUCAGAGUCUCCAGGGGAGGUCUCUGUGCUUGCCUUGGGCCCUCUCACCAACGUCGCAUUGGCCAUGAAGAGGGACUCCUCCUUUGCAAGCAAGGUUAAGAGGAUUGUUGUGCUGGGUGGAGCUUUCUUUGCAGCUGGGAAUGCCACCCCUUCAGCUGAAGCAAAUAUCCAUAGCGACCCAGAAGCAGCUGACAUAGUUUUCACUUGUGGGGCAGAUAUCUACGUUGUUGGCCUCAACAUAACAACUCAAGUCUACUUCACAGACAAGGAUAUGUUGGAGCUAAAGAACUCAAAAGGGAAGCACGCACAAUUUCUAUGUGACAUCUGCAAAUUCUACAGAGACUGGCAUGUCCACUCUUACGGAGUCGAUGCUCUUUUCCUGCAUGAUCCUGUGAGCUUCACUGCGCUAGUUCACCCCGAGUACUUCACGUUCAAGAAGGGCGUGGUGAGGGUUGAGACCCAGGGCAUCUGCACUGGCCAUACUUCCAUGGACCUGGGACUGAAGAAGUGGAAUUCAGACAACCCGUGGACUGGUUACUCACCGAUUUCGGUUGCUUGGACUGUUGAUGUUCCUAAGGUUCUUGCAUAUGUCAAGGAGCUCCUCUUCACUGCACAAUGACCAAGUGCAUCGUCUAGAUCAAUGUCAUUAUGUCAUCCCGGCAUUGACUCUCUUUGAACUUUGAUGUGUGUCAGAAUUGACAUGCAGAGAUCUCUUGGCAUUAUGAUGUACUGCAGAAAUCGUGUCGAUCAUUUAUUCGGAUGAAUUGCAAAUUAUUGGGAAAUAUUUAGCACG